CGACGGCCGUUGACAUAUUUUCGCUUGGUUGUGUGUAUUACUAUGUUAUGUCAAGCGGAAUGCAUCCAUUUGGCGACGCGGUGAAGCGACAAUUGAAUAUUAUAUCAUAUGAAUGUGAUCUCAAAUUGUUUAGUAAUCCAGAUAUGUUGGAUAGUACAGGUGUAUUAGCUGAGGAAUUAAUAGGAGAUAUGAUCAGUCGGGAGCCGGUCAGGAGACCGACAGCAAAAGCCAUUUUGUCACAUCCAUUCUUUUGGAAUGCAGAAAAAAUUCUAAACUUUUUACAGGAUGUAAGUGAUCGUGUGGAAAAAAUAGAUUUCCAAAGUGAUCCAUUGAAGACGUUGGAAAAGAAUAGUAAAUUCAUAACGAGAGAAGAUUGGAAUUUACAUUUGGAUGAGACAAUCACCUCCGAUCUUCGUAAAUACCGUGCAUAUCAAGGCAAUAGUGUUCGAGACUUACUGAGAGCAUUACGGAAUAAAAAACACCACUACCACGAGCUGUCCAUCGAGACGCAAAUGCGACUGGGACCGAUACCGCAAUCAUUCAUGAAGUACUGGAUUGAUCGUUUUCCGCGGCUUUUAUCUCACAGUUAUCAUGCCCUAGAAUCGUGUAGCAACGAGCCAAUAUUUUCAUGUUAUUAUCCAUCAACGUGUUACGUCUUUUCAAAGCCGCGUUAUUUCUACGAGGAAACGGAAGAUUUCAAGCCAUUUGACACGGGCUCAAAAUCGCGUGACAGUCCAAAUCGCUUCAAUUACAAGCCGAUGAAUUACCCAAACUUUGUCAUGACACGAAAAACCGGCCCAAAAUUUCAAAACAAUUAUGGCCCAAUGAAUAACGGUGAUGGUACAAACCUAUCGACUUACACAAGAGCAACGAAAAAAGGUGCAUACAAUUUUCACCGUUUUGCAAACAACGAACAGAAUAACUACAAGCCAGAGCAUAAUGAAAAUUUGAAAUGGGCCGACAACGCAAAGGCAUACGAAUUUAUUGAAGUCACGAGAAAUGAGCAAACAUUUGAAAAAUGUGACAAUGAGGAAAGAGGAGAACAAUAUGAUAAUGGUGCUAAAGAGAAACGAGUGCUAAAUGUACGGAAUGUCGAUUUUGACAAGAUAGAUGCAACGAAGGCUGAUGACAGUGAGAAGAAGGGAGACAAUUUUGAAAAGAAAGCAAAAAAUACCGACAAUCCCAAAUUUGACAAAUCGAAAAAGAAGAACAAAAUCGAUGCCGCUGUUAGCAAAGAACCAGAACCACUGGAAGACGAUGGAUUUACAAAAGUUCGAUAUCGGGGUCAUGGCAAUUCAAAGAAACAGAAAAAUAACGAACAGGUCACAUGGAUCAUACCCAAUCAAGAGAAGAAAUAAGACCGAUAUUUUUCUUUUCGUCGAAUUGUGCGCUACUUUCCAAAAUAAGCCAUGACUGUCGUUUAAAUAAUUUAUAUUUUUUUCAUUCCGUUUGGUGCCUCAUCAACGGCUGUCAAAUCAGCUAAGUCAUUUCUGUUAAAAAUGAUUGUUAAUAAUAGAGAAUACUAAAAAAUUGAUGUGAAAAAACAAAAACAAGAAUUUGUCGGCAAUAAUUCGAUUUUUAUAAUAUAAAACACUGAAUUUGCACUUGUCUGUGAUAAACGUUGUACAUUGUGAAAAUUAGUUUAGUCAUAUAUUUUUUUGCUCGUGUUGCUCGACAAAAACAAGUGUAUAUAUUUGGAAGUGAUGAAUGAGGAACCAAUUUUUAAUUUCUGGAAUUUGGAGCACAAGCACACAUGCACAAAUACAGCGGCAAACUGUUGAUUGUUGUUGUCAUUUAUCUGUAUGAGAAUUUGAUGUGACCUUGUUUACAGAAUUACUUUUAAAAGAAAAUAGUACAAAUUCGCCAAAAUCGUGUAGUGUGAGUUAAAUAACAACAUUUGUAUCAUAUUUUUCAACAUUUCGGGAAAUACAGGCUGCAAUAAAUCAAUUGUUGUAAAAUUUGGUUCUUGAAAAAGGUUUAUUUUGAAAACUUUUUCUAAUGAAUUUUUUUCUUCUUCAAGAAAAUGAGCAUAUGAGUUUUAGAUAGAAAUUGUUAGAUUGAUUAUAGCCAAGAGUUUAGUGUAUUUUUUUUUUAAAUCUUCGCAUUACACAUUCCGUUUCGAAUCAGUUUGAAGCAUCACUUUUAUCAUGGUAAAAAUCUCAAAUAAAUCAAUUUUACCAUUUAAAAUUUAAUUGAGUCAUAACUCAAGGAGGAAUUUUAGUCUGGAAAGACACACUGAUUUUGGAUACAAUUUUGUAGAAUUCUUUGUAACGAUGAAAUAACGAAAAUAAAUGUAUCUUUAUUUGUUUAA